CUAGGGUGGCUUCCAGCAUCUCUCCUGGAGUGCUUCGUGGAGAUCUAAAGAGACCCUCUGAAUCUUCUGCGAGUCGGCUCCACAGCCAGCAGAUGGAGGAGUUUGUGAAGAACAUCAGAAAGUUACAAGACAGGGUCACCCAGCUAGAGGCCCAGACAAGGAUUCUGGAGGAGGAGAAGGUGGACUGGACCGGGCUGGACCAGUUUCUCAGCUCCAGAGAUAAUGUCAGAGGUUCUCUUGAAGUCCCUGACAGCACGUCGGAUCAGGAGCAGCAGCAGCAAGCUCUGAUGGAGAACCUGAAGACUGAACACAAGAAGCUGGAGCAUCUGGAGGACAUGUUGGGCAGCCUCAUGAGCCAGGAGACGGGCAGCAGCCCAGCAGGAGCGGCAGAUCAACCUGAUCCAGGGAUUAAAGAUCUCACUCAGCAGGUUUCUGACCUCAGGUCUUCCCUGGUCCAGGUGGAGCAGGAGGUGGAGCUCCUGAAGGAAAAGCAGGCUCAGAGUGAGGAGAGAGCUGCAGACCAUCUGCAGGACCAGCUGAAUGACCUGCGGGGGACGUUGGAGGACACCAUUGUGUCUCUGACCUCCCAGCUGUCCAGCAGCCUCCAGCAGGAGGUGGAGCAGGAGACGGAGGAGGCGGAAGAGGAGGAGGAGGAGGAAGAAUUCGACAGCUCGGUGGAGGUGGGCCGGAAGCUCAGCCUGCUGUUCCAGAACUAUGAGCAGUUGGAAGACACGGUCAACCUGCUGGUCCAGCAGCAGCAGCAGGGCGCAGCUAGGGUCGGCCUGGACGACGACCGAGAAAUGGGCAGGAGCCUGGACCUGGUGUAUGACGUCCAGAGGGCCAUCCAGGAACUGCAGGCCGAGUGCGAGCGCCUGCAGGAGGCAACCAGGAGCCUGCAUGAGGACAACCAGCAGAAGCAGGGACACAUCGAGGAGCUCUACAAGACGGCAGAGGAGCUGCAGGUGAAAAAGGCCGACAAGCUGAUGGUGGAGAGCGAGAUUAAAGCGGACAAGUUGGCCCUGGACAGCAAGGUGAGCCGUCUUCAGUUCGACGCGGCGACGGAGCAGCUGACCAGUUCCAUGAGCUGCUCAACAAGAUGACGGGUCAGGAGCACGACUGGCACCAGCUGGUGGACAAGCUGUCCACCGACAUGGAGUGCAAGCUGAACCGAAUUGAGUUGGACUCGGUGAAGCUACAGCUGGAGGAACGCUGGCGCAGCAUCCUGAAGAAGCUGCAGACGCAGAGCGCGCC